AUGGGCACUACGUUGCUUUAUAGUACGUCUUUCCAUUCGCAGACGGAUGGGCAGAAGGAACGGACAAAUCAGAUACUAGAAUAUAUGUUGCGCGCUAUUGCCAUGGAUUGGCAAGGGUCUCCGGUUUAUUGGAAUGAUUUCACCGAAGCAGUGACGUUGGGGCUUGAAUUGUUGUUCCAGAUGACUGAGAAAGUGAGAUUGGUAAGGGAUCGUUUGAAAGUGGCACAGGAUCGUCAGAAGUCUUACGCAGAUUUAAAGCGACGACCAGAAGAGUUCAUCGUGGGCGAACGAGUGGGUAAGGUGGCAUAUCGGUUAGCCCUUCCAAAUUCCUUGGAAAAGGUACACGACGUAUUUCAUGUGUCGCAGCUUAAGCGAUAUCAUGCUGCAGCCUCUCAUGUCUUAGAUCCCAAACCUUUAGAUUUGGAUACAUCCUUGUCUUACUCUGAGAAACCAGUUAGAAUCUUGGACACGAAGGUCCGUAGUACAAGGCGGAAGGAUAUAUCUAUGGUAAAAGUCUUGUGGUCAAAUCACAAACAUGAAGCGGCUACAUGGGAAACGGAGGACUUUAUGCGAGCAAAGUACCCUCAUCUCUUUCAGGCUCUUGAGUUGUAUGUAAGAGCUUCCGCUGACUUAUUUUCUUUCAUGCUGGUAUUGUUUUCUGUUUUAGCUAUAUUUCUUUAUCGACGGAACAUUGAUGCUCCUAGAGAAAAGUCUUCUCUAGAGUCCAAUGAGUGA